GUAAAUAGUGGAGAAACCUCUGCUUUCAGCUGUGAAUAUUCAGCGGAUCAAAGGUAUUUUAGAAAGAUCAUAUUCAGAACAAGAAACAACAUUAUUGAUGAGAUGAUCUCCACUAAUGACAAAUGGUAUCAGAAAGAAAGACUGAGGAUUUAUGAUAACAAAUUAAACCUCUUCAGUGUGAAAAUUACUGCUGUGACACCAGAUGACGGAGGAGUUUAUUUAUGUGCCGUUUGGAUCAACACACACCCGUACAGUUACUACAUUAUUACUACUGUUCAGCUACAUAUUAUUACUAAAGUGGGCGUGUCUAGAGUGAGCGGCUACACAGGAGAUGGUUUGAUGAUCAAGUGUGAACAUCCUCAAUACAAAACCAAACCAAAAUACAUCUGUAAAGAAUCAGAUGGAUGUUCAGAGAGGAAGAAUCCAGGAGUUCAGGAUGAAUGGAUGGAGAAUGGAGAUGUUUCUUUAUAUGACGACACCAGAGCAGGAGUCUUGAUGGUGUUUUUUAGAGAACUGAAAGCUGCAGAUGCUGGAACAUACAGGUGUGGAGUGAAUGUAUCUCACUAUACUGAGAGAUUCACUGAACUUCAGCUGAGCGUCAAACACGAUUCAAAAUAUCCAAAGAGUGUGACUGAAUCUGUGUAUCUUGGUGAAGAAAUCAACAUCACCUGUCAGAUCCCAGAGGAACAUAAAGUUAAUUUCUGCAAAGAGGAUGAUAAUCACAUCUGUCAAAACAUCAGCUCAUCUAAAGUGACACAAAUGAAUGGUUCAUCUGAGAGAAAUGAAGAGAGAGUUUUUACAGUGAUCAUCAGUAAUGUGAGUGUGAGAGAUGCUGGAGUUUACUGGUGUGGAGCAGAAACCAGAGACACAUAUUUGACUUUCAUCUCCCUGAACACUAAAAUUCAGCUCAACAUCAUCAUGAGACACAAAGGAGACUCUGUUGAGACUACAACUAGUCCAUUUAUGACAGAGAUCACAGGUUAUCAAAGAUUACAAACUUAA